CUUGGAGUGCCUCCUGCUUCUCCCUGGCCCUGGUGACUCGAGCGAGGCAUGGCCGCGCUCAAUGACCUGUGGCAGUUGUGCCAGGGAGUAGGCCAGCCAGUCCGGACUGCGUCCUGAUCCCCGGUCUGGACAGUUGUGGACAGUGACACCUGUUCAGAACAGCCUCCCCGCUCUUGGAGACCUGGAUCCCGCCAGGAUUCUAGUUUGAGGCCAGGAGACCUGUCCCUGGGGAGUGUGGGUAUUUCUUUCCGUGACUCUGUCAGAAGCUCUGUGGGAGCCAGGUCGGAAGCUUUGCUGUGUCCAGGACAGCCCUGCCAUCUCCUUUUCUCUGAGAUGGUGAAGAAGUUUUAGGAAAAGGAGGGACAACAAAACAAAACAAAUCUUCUUUGGAUAAUGCGAAGCUUCAGAAACUUGAAGGGCAUUUGGCCUUGAUCUCAGAACUCAAGUGAAUGUCAGUGAGGGCAGCAUUAAUGCCAGCUUUGUCUGGGAGAUUUUUAUGUUUUCAAAGAGCCUAAACGUGGAAUCUUCUCACCCUCAAGUCCGGUCCCUGGGCAGUGACCUUGGCAUAAAGAUGGACUUUGUGGUUCUCCUGCUGCUGGGGCUUCUCUGCUCUGUUAGUCCAUGGCCAAAAGUCUGGGUUCAAGUCCCACACCAUCAGCUGCACAGCAGAGUAUCACUUCCUUCUCACUUGUGAUUGUGUCAAAGGACGUCCUGGAAGGACCGCAGGCUGCUCCUGGAAGCAGUGGCCCUUCAAGAAAUGAUCAAAUUCCAUCUCUCUCAGUGCAUCCCACCCUUCCUAGGGCCGGAGUCUACUCCAGAAGCUGAGCAGCCAUGACAUUUGCUGAGGACAAGACCUAUAAGUAUAUCCGCGACAACCACAGCAAGUUUUGCUGUCUUGACGUUUUGGAGAUCCUGCCUUACCUGCCCUGCCUCACAGCCAGUGACCAGGACCGACUGCGGGCUUCCUACAAGCAACUGGGGAACCAGGACACACUCUGGGAACUCUUCAACAAGCUCCAGCGCCGCGUUGGCUGGGUACAGUGCUUCAUCCAUGCACUGAAGAUCUGCGAGCUGCCUGGGCUAGCUGAGCAAGUGACUCGAGUUUAUCAGAGCUACCUGCCUCCUGGGACUUCACUCCGCUCCUCAGCCCCACUGGAGUCUCCAGCAAAUCCUUCUGCAGCUCCAGGACCUUCUGCACGUGCUCCAGGCCACAGCAUCUCUGACAGUGACUACCAGGGGAAAACAGGCUACCCUAGGCCUGUCCAGGACACCCAGCCACCAAAGUCCCCAGGAGAGAAUUCAGAGCAAGCCCCACAGGCCAGCUUUGGGGCCAUCCCGAGGACGUCUGGUGGCUCUUUGAUGCCCUCACCUAACCUGCAAACUGUGAGCUCUCAGCCCUCCAGAGAGCAGCAGGGUCAAGAACCAGAACUGAGUGGCACCUAUACAGCAAGUGUUGACUCCCUUCCCAUACCAUCCCAUGGACCUGUGUCUCCAACUGUUUCCUUUAAGCCCCUACCACGUCCUGCUCUUCGGACAAGCCACGUGCCCGGGGUCACGGCAUCGGUUCCAUCUCCUGAUACCUCCUUAUCUUCCUCUUCUACUGGAUUGACUUUUACAAAGGGAGCUGGUGACCAGGCCAAGGCUGCCACCUGUCCCAGCACUGAUGGGGAAGAACCCACCAAUUCUGUGACCACCAGCUCAGUGCCGCCUUCUACCAAAGUGGUGCCCGUGACUACCAUGUCUUCCAAAGUGUCCUCCAGGUUGCCCAUCAGUACAAAGUCCACUGCUUCAGUGCCCUCUACUGUGCCCACCAAUACAGCACCAUCAAAGUUACCCAUCAACUCGGCAUAUACUGGCACAGUGCCAUCCAAAGUGCCUGCUAGUGUGGCCAAAGCACCUGCCAACAUAAUGCCACCCAACAGGAGCAGCAACCGAGCCAAGGAGACCCUAGAGCCUCCAGCAACCACGGUCAUCACUAGAGGCAGCCUGCCCGGACCUGAGAGCUUGCACUCCAUGCCAGAGAUGAGCAAGCCAGGUGUGUUGGUGUCCCAGGUGGACGAGCCAUUCUCAGGCUGCUCUAUGGACCUUGCCAUCAGCCCUAGCAGCUCCUUGAACUCAGAACCCAAUCAUGGUCCAGAGGAGAAUGAGUAUUUGUCCUUUAGGAUCCAGGUGGCUGAGGACCCCAGUGCUAACCUCCUGGCAGGAAGCCCUGGGGCACUAGCCACCCAGGAUCCCCCAGAAGAGGAAGAGCUUUGUGUCAGUUCAAUACCCUGGGCUAAGUGGCUUGGGGCAGCCAGUACACUUUUGGCUGCAUUCCUGGCAGUGAUGGUGUACCGUAGUAGGCACCUGGCCCACUGAAGCCUCAGCUGUGUGCCACUCACUUGUUCAGUCCUGCCAAGCAUGUUCUCUAGGCUUGGGCUGCUGGAGGCUGAGUUGGGAACUUAGAGAUGGGGAGGUCCACUGAGCUAUCUGGGUGGGAGGUGCACCGAGGCUCCACCCACUGUGGAGUAGGGGAGACAUUCUUUCCAUCCUAGUUCAUGACCUCUUCUGGUCUUUAGCUUUGGGGCACUGGAUUACUGCCACUACUUCUGACCUGCCCACAUGGCAGUAUAGGAUUUCAUGCUGUGUGCUCCUAAGGAGGUAUCCCCACCAGCCUCAUCCCUGUUGGCCCAAGCUUGAAGAUCAGGAGAUAUCAUACUCUGUUGACAGUGCUCCUCGUCCUGCCCAGGUCUCUUGCAACAAGCACAGGUGUAUUGAUGAAAACUACCAUAACAUCUAGUUCCACCAGCAACCCAGCCUAAGGCCUUGGCACUAGCGCCUGGGAGCAGCAGAGUGGCUGGUUUCUAGGGAGCUUUGAAUCAUCAGUCUCUGGUUCCCCUCCAUAGCCAGGCAACCCUAAGGGAAGGUCUGAAGGUUCCCUGUGGACUCUAAGAAAGCCAGAAGCAGCUGUCAGGCCUGAGGAAGACUCUGGGAGCCCUGCUCCAGCCUCCUUACCCCACCUUUUCACUUCCUUCCUCCCUCCUGGUCUCCUUUCUCUUUGGUUUCCUAUACUGGAUGAUGGAAUACCUAGUGGGCAGAGCUCAGGCUGGCCUUGGAUUUCAGUUCCACUCUUUCUCUGGCUUUAGCAGACAUUUAGCAUCUCUAGUCAUUUUCCCAGUGUGGACAGUGAGUAGCUCUUCCUUUUACUGGGCUCGUCUGAAACUGAAGGAUAUAGAUAUUUCUGUAGUGUCUAGCCCAGAGGGUAUGACUACCAAGUACUUACCCUCCUGCCCAGCCUGGUGGAACUAAGGUGAGCUUGAGAGGCAGAGUAUAUGGUGGCGAUGGCACAGUCUUUGUCUUUGAGAGGACAGCCUUGGCCUACAUGGUGCUUCUGUCUCUGGCACUAUGUAGUCUGCCUGUGAUCUCUGACAAGGUGUAAACCUCUGUGCCUCACUUUUCUCACCUGUGAGAUGGGGCGAAUAUGUAUACAUAUGUGCUAAUAUGUUCUAAUAUUAUCAGGAUAAUUAAAUUAAAAGUUUAUCUGCAAAUCUUGUGAGUUCUGCAUUUCUUAGGGG